GUCUUCUCAGUUGUUCACUUCCCACCAUUCUUAUUCAAUUGUAUAGUAAUGUAUUGUAUAGCACUAUAGCGUAGUUUACUGGUUAGUGGUUAGUCCGACCAACUUAGUUGUCGUGUCUGGUCUACUCGUGUUUUUCUUACACUUCUGUCACCUGUAAAGUUAUUGUUUAAUUUCGGCACGUAUUAUAUUUGCAAAAGUUGUAUGAUAUCUACUUAUAAAAUCAUGACAUUCUUAAAAUGGGCUAUAUUACCGUUAACGGUUUUCACAAUUUUUGUGGUGAUGUACAGCCAAGCAUUAGAAGACCCACAAAAGAAAGGACCUAAGGUCACUGACAUUGUGUGGUUUGACAUUAAAUUGGGUUCAAGUGAACCUCAACGUGUGGAAAUCGGAGUGUUUGGCGCGACUGUACCUAAAACUGCAAAGAAUUUCAUUGAACUGGCGAAAAAACCAGAAGGUGAAGGAUACAAGGGCAGUAAAUUCCAUAGAGUUAUCAAAGACUUCAUGAUUCAAGGAGGUGAUUUUACAAAGGGUGACGGCACAGGUGGCCGUAGUAUCUUCGGUGAAAAGUUUGCAGAUGAAAACUUCAAACUGAAACAUUAUGGUGCUGGUUGGUUGUCUAUGGCCAAUGCUGGAAAAGAUACCAAUGGAUCUCAGUUUUUCAUUACCACUAAACAAACUUCCUGGUUGGACGGUCGCCAUGUUGUGUUUGGAAAAAUAAUCAAAGGAAUGAAAACAAUUAGAGCAGCUGAAUCAGCAGAAACUGAUUCAAGAGACAAGCCGGUUGAAAAUAUUGUAAUUGUCGAUAGUGGACACAUCGUCGUUCCUGAGCCAUACCCAGUUAGCAAAACUGAUGCUACUGAAUAAUUAUUCAUCAAUUUAUUUUACUAAUUUAUAUUUUUUUAAUUCGUAAUAUUAUUUAAAUAAUAUAUAAAUAGGCUCUCAAUAGUAACGUGAACAAAUAUUAUUAAUAAGGAACUGAAAAUCAAUCACCUACUUACCUAAUAGUUAUGAAUAUUUGUUAUUCUAUUAAAUUCCAUUUUUGUAAACACAACUUACAAACUAUAGCGAACAAUAUUUAAAUAUUUUUUGUAUCAACCUAAUUCAAGUCAAUGUGGUAUUUUUUUUUAUUUUACAAAUUUUGUAUGUAAUAUUAUAUUAUAUAUGUAAUAAAAUGUCCAUGUAUCUUAUAUAACUAUAAGUAUAAAGUGAAUAAAAUUGUUUAUAUUUCAAUAAAAAAAAAAAAUAACUAAACUUUA